GGCUCUGGCUGGCCAGCAGCGUCCUCUGCAGAGCCUGGACGGCCCCCUCGGCGUCCCAAAAAUGUGAUGAACCACUUGUGUCUGGACUCUCCCAUGUGGCUUUCAACAGCUCGUCCUCUAUGUCUGCGAGCUAUUCUCCUGGCUAUGCCAAAAUCAACAAGCGAGGGGGUGCUGGAGGAUGGUCUCCAUCUGACAGUGACCAUUAUCAAUGGCUUCAGGUUGACUUUGGCAAUCGGAAGCAGAUCAGCGCCGUUGCAACCCAGGGAAGAUACAGCAGCUCGGACUGGGUGACCCAAUACCGCAUGCUCUACAGUGACACGGGGAGAAACUGGAAACCCUAUCAUCAAGACGGGAAUAUCUGGGCAUUUCCUGGGAACAUCAACUCUGACAGCGUGGUGCGCCAUGACCUGCAGCACCCGGUCGUUGCCCGCUACGUGCGCAUGGUGCCCCUGGACUGGAACGGAGAAGGCCGCAUUGGGCUCAGAAUCGAAGUCUAUGGCUGUUCUUACUGGGCUGAUGUUAUCAACUUUGAUGGCCAUGUUGUGUUACCAUAUAGAUUCAGAAACAAGAAGAUGAAAACACUGAAAGAUGUCAUUGCCUUGAAAUUUAAAACCACUGAAAGUGAAGGCGUGAUCUUGCACGGAGAAGGACAGCAGGGGGAUUACAUUACUUUGGAACUGAAAAAAGCCAAGCUGGUCUUCAGUUUAAACCUAGGAAGCAACCAGCUUGGCCCCAUAUAUGGCCACACAUCUGUGAUGAUGGGAAGUCUGCUGGAUGACCACCACUGGCACUCUGUGGUCAUUGAGCGCCAGGGCCGGAGCAUUAAUCUCACCCUGGACAGGAGCAUGCAGCACUUCCGCACCAACGGCGAGUUCGACUACCUGGACCUGGACUAUGAGAUAACCUUUGGAGGCAUACCUUUCUCUGGUAAGCCGAGUUCCAGCAGUAGAAAGAAUUUCAAAGGCUGCAUGGAAAGCAUUAACUACAAUGGCAACAACAUAACUGAUCUUGCGAGAAGGAAGAAACUGGAGCCCUCAAAUGUGGGAAAUUUGAGUUUCUCAUGUGUGGAGCCCUACACAGUGCCUGUCUUUUUCAAUGCUACCAGUUACUUGGAGGUGCCUGGACGGCUGGACCAAGACCUGUUUUCAGUCAGUUUUCAGUUCAGAACUUGGAACCCCAGUGGUCUCCUGCUCUUCAGUCACUUUGCAGAUAAUUUGGGCAAUGUGGAGAUUGACCUCACUGAAAGCAAAGUUGCUGUUCAUAUCAACAUCACGCAGACCAAGAUGAGCCAAAUAGAUAUUUCCUCAGGUUCUGGGUUAAACGAUGGACAGUGGCAUGAGGUUCGUUUCCUAGCUAAGGAAAAUUUUGCUAUUCUCACCAUCGAUGGCGAUGAGGCAUCAGCAGUUCGCACUAAUAGUCCUCUUCAAGUUAAAACUGGCGAGAAGUACUUCUUUGGAGGUUUUCUGAACCAGAUGAGUAACUCAAGUCACUCCGUCCUUCAGCCUUCAUUCCAAGGAUGCAUGCAGCUCAUUCAAGUGGAUGAUCAGCUUGUAAAUUUAUACGAGGUGGCACAAAGGAGGCCGGGAAGCUUUGCGAACGUCAGCAUCGACAUGUGCGCCAUCAUAGACAGAUGUGUGCCCAAUCACUGUGAGCAUGGUGGGAAGUGCUCGCAAACGUGGGACAGCUUCAAAUGCACUUGUGAUGAGACGGGAUACAGUGGGGCCACCUGCCACAACUCUAUCUAUGAGCCUUCCUGCGAAGCGUACAAACACCUAGGCCAGACGUCAAAUUACUACUGGAUAGAUCCUGAUGGCAGUGGACCACUGGGGCCUCUGAAAGUUUACUGCAACAUGACAGAAGACAAAGUGUGGACCAUAGUGUCUCACGAUCUGCAGAUGCAGACGACGGUGGUGGGCUACAACCCGGAAAAGUACUCGGUGACACAGCUCAUCUACAGCGCCUCCACAGACCAGAUCAGUGCCAUCACCAGCAGCGCCGAGUACUGUGAGCAGUACGUCUCCUACUUCUGCAAGAUGUCCAGGUUGUUGAACACCCCAGAUGGAAGUCCUUACACCUGGUGGGUUGGCAAAGCCAACGAGAAGCACUACUACUGGGGAGGCUCCGGGCCCGGAAUUCAGAAAUGUGCCUGUGGCAUUGAACGCAACUGCACAGACCCCAGGUACUACUGCAACUGUGAUGCGGACUACAAGCAGUGGAGGAAGGAUGCUGGCUUCUUAUCCUACAAAGAUCACCUGCCAGUGAACCAGGUGGUGGUUGGAGAUACUGACCGGCAAGGCUCAGAAGCCAAACUGAGCGUGGGUCCCCUGCGCUGCCAAGGAGACAGGAGUUACUGGAACGCUGCGUCUUUCCCCAACCCGUCAUCCUACCUGCACUUCUCCACUUUCCAAGGGGAAACCAGUGCCGACAUUUCUUUCUACUUCAAAACGUUAGUCCCACGGGGAGUGUUCCUGGAAAACCUGGGGAACACGGAUUUCAUCAAGCUCGAGCUGAAAUCUGCCACAGACGUGUCCUUUUCAUUCGAUGUUGGAAAUGGGCCCGUGGAGAUUGUGGUGAGGUCGCCCUCGCCUCUCAACGAUGACCAGUGGCACCGGGUCAUCGCGGAGAGGAAUGUCAAGCAGGCCAGCCUGCAGGUGGAUCGGCUGCCACAGCAGACCCGCAAGGCACCGACAGAAGGGCACACGCGCCUGGAGCUCUACAGCCAGCUGUUUGUUGGUGGCGCCGGAGGCCAGCAGGGUUUCCUGGGCUGCAUCCGCUCCCUGCGGAUGAAUGGGGUGACUCUGGACCUGGAAGAAAGAGCAAAGGUCACCUCCGGGUUCAAAUCCGGAUGCUCGGGCCACUGCACCAGCUACGGGACGAACUGUGAGAACGGAGGCAAGUGCGUAGAGAAAUACCACGGCUAUUCCUGUGACUGCUCCAGCACGGCGUACGACGGGACAUUCUGCAACAAAGAUGUUGGUGCAUUUUUUGAAGAGGGGAUGUGGCUACGGUAUAAUUUCCAGGCGCCCGGGGUCGGCAGCAAGGAAUCGGGCAGUAGAUCGGAGGGCUCGCCUGACCCGCAGGGCUCCCCGCCGGACCUGACCCACGAGGAGAUCCGAUUCAGCUUCAGCACCACCAAGGCGCCCUGCAUUCUCCUCUACGUCAGCUCCCUCACCACGGACUUCUUGGCAGUGCUCGUCAAACCCACCGGAGGCUUACAGGUCCGGUACAGCCUCGGUGGCACCAGAGAACCCUUUAGCAUCGACGCAGACACCAGGAACAUGGCCAAUGGGCAGCCCCACAGCGUUAACAUCACCCGUCAUGGGAAGACCAUAGUCCUCAAGCUUGAUCAUUAUCCUUCUGUGAGCUACCAUCUGCCAAGUUCAUCUGACACACUGUUCAACUCUCCCAAGUCGCUCUUUCUAGGAAAAGUUAUAGAAACAGGGAAGAUUGACCAAGAGAUUCACAAGUACAACACCCCAGGAUUCACAGGGUGCCUCUCCAGGGUCCAGUUCAACCAGCUCGCCCCGCUCAAGGCGGCCCUGCGGCAGACCAACGCCUCUGCUCACGUGCACAUCCAGGGCGAGCUGGUGGAGUCCAACUGCGGGGCCUCCCCGCUCACGCUCUCGCCUAUGUCGUCUGCCACCGACCCCUGGCACUUGGACCACCUGGAUUCAGCCAGUGCUGAUUUUCCAUAUAAUCCAGGACAAGGCCAAGCUAUAAGAAAUGGAGUCAACAGAAACUCGGCAAUCAUUGGAGGGGUCAUCGCCGUGGUGAUUUUCACCAUUCUCUGCACCUUGGUCUUCCUCAUUCGCUACAUGUUCCGCCACAAGGGCACCUACCACACCAACGAAGCGAAGGGGGCAGAGUCAGCAGAGAGCGCAGACGCUGCCAUCAUGAACAACGACCCCAACUUCACGGAGACCAUCGAUGAAAGCAAAAAGGAGUGGCUCAUCUGAGGGGUGGCUCUGUGGCUGUCGGAUGGGGGGGAUUGUUAGGGGCAAGGGAAAGGGACAAAAGCACCCUGCUUCACACUCUUGAGCACAUCCUUAAAAUAUCAGCACAAGUUGGGGGAGGCAAGCAACAGAAAAUUCUUGAGACUGAUUACCACAAAAAAAUACUUUUUAAUAUUUCUUUAUAGCUGAGUAUCGAAACAAAGUAAUACAAAAAUGCUUUUAGAGUUUCAGCAAUGGUUGAAAUUUGUAGGUAAUAUCUGUCUUAUUUUGUGUGUGUUUAGAGGUGUUCUAAAAACCCAUGGUAACAGGGCAAGUUUUCUACAUGUUUAAGAGCCCUUAGAAUGUGGACAUUUUUUCUUGAGAAAAGCUGUUGCACAUCCAUAUGGCCUCCAGCAUUCUCUCCCUUUUGCAUCUAGUCAGCUUUUAAUGGGCUGUUGUAGUUACUAGUUCGUGUCCAUAUAAUGUUUCUUUUAGUGUCCUAUAAAUUGGAGAAGGAGAGGAAGGGGCAAAGAGAACCUGUCAUUUGCCAGUUUGCAAAGCGACCUCAUUCGAUGCCAACUUCCUCACAGUUCCUGCCUGAAGCAGCUGAAGAAAGAAAGUGCAUGGCACCUGUUGGUUACAGCAUAAUCAGCACCAUGGAGAGAGCCUUAAGAACCAGAGCAAGUAGUUUCAUAUUGGGUGGUUGGUUUUAUUUUUCAUCGAAUACUACAAGAUCAUAUGGCUCCACGUAUGUAAUCUUAGACCUCUUCAGUAUCUGUAACUAUCAGUUGUAACUGGCUGUUGUGAAAGAUUUUUCUUCCGCUUUACCUUCAACAUACUGGGUUGCAUUAUGUGUAUGUGUAAGCACCUCACUGGGCAAUUAGAGCCAGAUAUUACGAUUUGUUUGCUCUGUUUCUUUUGUAAUUGCAGGAAGAGUAUGGACACGUUCUAGUGAAUGGGCAAAUUAGGUUGUUCUUAUUUUGCUUUAAAUCUCUGGUUUUUAAGCCCCUGUGACAAAAUCCUAGCAGACAGUGUCUUCUGAAUGGACACCCACAAUAAAGCCAAGUUCUGAUUGCUAUUA